AUGUUGGGAAAUAGCAGCAGCAGCAGCAGCCCCAAUUGCACGCUCUGCAGCCAGGAUUUUGCCGGGGGUGUCUGCAAGAUCCUCCUCAUGGUCUUCCUGAUCGUCGCCAUCAGCCUUGGCAACGUGGUGAGCCUCCUGGUUUUCCUUUGCGUCAAGCAGUUCCGAAGCCCCCAAGGCUACCUGAAAGCCUCUUUAGCCCUGACUGACUUCAUCAUAGGCGUUAUUGUAGUGCCUUACUCCGUAUACAGGGAGGUGAACAGGUUGGCUUAUGGGGUGGAGCAAGAGCCGGCUGAGUCUGGUGAGCUGGCCUGCUACAUCAUCGGGCCCAUCUUUGCAGGCUCCACCUUUGUCUCCAUCACCACCAUCUUCCUGCUCUCCGUGGAGAGGAGCAUAGCGGUGCUGAAACCCUUGCACAAGAAAGCGGUGAUCACCAAACGCAGGACUCUUUGGCUCAUCCUUCUCACCUGGGCCUUGAGCUACUGUAUGGCAGUGAUCCCCAUGCUCGCCUCCUCGGAUAUUACUCAGCAGUACAACUCCUGCAGCAAUCUGUGCACCUAUGAGUUCCCAGCAAACAAGCCACCUCAGUCCCAUUGGAAUAUCAUGCUGCUGUAUCCAGUCUUUGAUUUCUCCCUCUUGGGCAGCACUUUAAUCAUCAACGUUGUCACUUUUGCCGCCCUCCACCAGUACUGCAAGAUCCGGAAACAGCUAGGGGUGGAGUUACAGAGUGGCAGCCAGCUCUCCUUCUUGGACAUCAAUGCAGCCAAGACCAUUGGCAUCUUGACCUUUGCUUUUGCAGCUGCCUUCAGCCCCAUUGCUGUAUUUGUGGUGGGCUCCGUGAUGGGUUACAAGUGGUGCCAUUUCUCCUUCUAUGCUUUCUGGAUCCUCACGUCCAACAGCUGCUGGAAUGUGGCCAUCUAUAGCAUCUGGGACCCCAAGUUCCGCCUGGGCGUUAGGGAGCUCUUUGGCAAGAAAGUGCUGAAAUCAGUCUCCCAGGGCCCUAGUCACUCCAUGGAGGUGAACAGUACUUCUAUGGCCGGUGUGGUAGUCCUCAAGGACAUGUUCUGCAUGGACAAUACUUGA